CCCCCUCCCUAACCGUGGGUGCCAGAAAUGCUUCAGCAUUACAGUGUCUCUGUGCUGUGGACAAAGGCAGUGUCACUGCCUUGUCUCCUCCAUAUAUCUAUUUUAUACAUUGAUUACUUUAGUCCAGUUUACCACAGUAUUACCCUGAGAGGUCACAUUGAAAUACUUACAUAUAGUAACAGCUAAAUUAUCUCCUGAAGUACUUUUUGCCAAGGCAGCUCCCAUCCCUGCAUUCUUUAUUUCCAGGUGUGUUUCCUCACGUUUUCUGAUAUUAAAAAUGCAAUUUAUUGGACUGGAAUGAUUUAAUUGGGCAUAUCAGAUGAUUUUGUAACCAGUCAGCCAUGUGCAUUAUCUACUCAUCUUCUAAGCUACAGAUUUUACUAGUAAAGACCUUGCCUCAUCUAGGCAAUUGAUACAGAUACAAAAUCGGAUCAGAGCAAGAACUCAUCUCUAGAAUACUCCGGGUCCCAGAUGUCUCCUCUUUACAACCAGUUUUUGAGAGAUCUCUCACAGAAAAGAUAUUUAAUCCAUCUAAGGUGUGUUUUCUGCACUCCAAACAACAUGCAUUCCAGCACAUAAAGAACAAGGUUUAAACAAAUGUCAGGACUAUUUCUCUUUUAGUUUUUGAGAUUUACUCAGGGCAAUUCUACAAGGUUUUCACUAAGCUUCUGCUUGUUUUUCAGCUUUCUCCAAGAGAGGUUCUGCCCUGACAGCCAGUACUACUCUCUUCAUUAAGAUGAAGUGGACACAGACUCACAGCCUGCUUGGGAUGAGAGUAUUCAAGUUUGACAAACAAUGGGAGCCAUACACAGAUCCCCUAGAACAGGGUCUAAAAGGGACAACAAUAACCAAGCUGUUUUAGGCAGAACAAAAAGUAGACACAAGAAUAGAAGGAAGAGUCUGAAUGGCCACCAAAUCCAGUAUGCACAAGUCCUUUCAGCAGACUGAUUUUGUGAAACCUCUUAAAAAGCUUUUUAAAUUACUCUGAGGUUAUUCUAUCUUCCCAUAUGAAUUAAAAAUAACAAAAACAAACAGUUUUUCUUCCCAUGGACAUUACUGCUACUGAAAAUAUGCAGGUUUAUCAUCUGAAGAUUUUUAAUGGGUAUCAAGCAUAGAAGAUCUCAACAGACCUUGUGAAGGUCAAUGUGAUCAUCCCACUGAUGAUGAUGGAGAAAGAAAGCAUUGAGAUGAACUUGCUCAAUGUCAUGUGCCAGAGCAGUGGUAAAGCUGACACUUUGACUUCAGCUUUUCUGCAUCCAGGAUGAAAGGCUUUGCCUCACAAACCACGUUACACAUCCAUAUACCCCUGAGAGUUCUUUUAAUUAGUGGUUUCCACUGAAACCUUCUAUUGCCACAUGUGAAGAAAAAAAUCAGAAAUUUUGAGAUCUUGUUUGAAAACCCCACAAUCCUCAGGAAAGCUGUCCUGGCUGGAAUUUAUCCCAUCGCAAGCUCUGGAGCUCAGUGACUUUGGGGCCUUCGUGGAAGCAGAGUCUGCUGAAGGAGGUCAUGGGAACAGCAGUCCAGAGAGCAGCCUUGAUCUAGAAGGGUCAGGAGCCACAACCUCACUUGUUCUAGAGGGGCUGGGAGUUACCUCCAAACUCACCAAGUGUCAACAGUCCAGUCCUGGGUGCGUCCGUCCUUGGAGGCUAUUACAGAAUGACCUUGCAUUGAGCCUUUGCUGAGGAACCAAGAUUUAAACAUCAGUUCUUCAAUGUGCAUCCUUCUAUUCAAGUUUGACCCCCGCCCAGUUUCAAAAAAUGCCUACAGGCUCAUUCUAGCAGCUAAUAGAGAUGAAUUUUACCACAGACCAUCCAAGUCAGCCGAGUUUUGGGACAGCAGCAAUGAGAUCCUCAGUGGUCUGGAUAUGGAGGAAGGAAAAGAAGGUGGGACAUGGCUGGGAAUCAGUAAGAAAGGCAAGAUGGCAGCCCUGACAAACUAUAUGCAGCCAAAGAUUGAUAAAAAUGCAAAAGGAAGAGGUGCUCUUGUAACAAACUUCUUGACUGCAGAUCUGGACAGCUACUCUUACUUGAAGAAAGUUUCAGUAGAGGGACAUCUUUACAAUGGAUUUAAUUUGUUAGCAGCUGACUUGAAUACCACCAAAGGAGACGUAAUUUGCUACUAUGGAAACAAAGGAGAACCAGAACCCAUUUUCCUAAAUGCUGGAAUAUAUGGAUUGAGUAAUUCUUUGUUGGAUACACCAUGGAAGAAGCUCCAGUAUGGGAAGCAGCUUUUCACAGAAGUGGUGAAGAGAAGUCAAGACCUCACCAAAGAAGACUUGGUGAAGGAGCUCCUUACAGUGAUGAACAAUCAAGAGCCUCAGUUACCAGACCCUGCCAUCGAAGACCAGGGGAAGGAGUACAUCCGUCCCAUACUGAACAAGUAUGCAGCUGUGUGUGUUCGCUGCCCAGGUUAUGGAACAAGGACGAACACGGUGGUGCUCAUCGAUUCCCAGGGCCAGGUGACGUUCACCGAGCGCAACAUGAUCAACGCCGAUGUCAACCAGUGGGAAACAAGCACCUAUGAGUUCAAACUGCACAGUUAACAGCUUUCCACAUGGAUGGUUUGUAAUAACAGCUGGGAGAGAACAAGCCAUUAAGCUCCAGUAAAUGUUUUGUGCCAGCCUCCACAAGCUAAAAAUAGCGAGGAAAGCAAAAGUUUAAAUAAACUGGUGGCACGCCCAGAUCAGGCUCACAGAUUCUUUGGAUAAAACCAGAUGAAAAACCUGGCUUUAUGUUAAGUAGCAACUUAACAGUCAGAAAUAUUUUUUUUAAUGUCACCCUACCUUCAGGACAAAGUCAGUGCUUUUUUGAAGGUGUGGAGUAUUUUAAAGAUGCUUUAAACAGACUAAAACUUGUUUUCAGUUCUGAUGGGGGGAAACAUUUGCUGCUUUUAUUGUUAAUAUGUGAAGGUUUUACCAAACUUUGCUUUUGUUUCAAGACGUGCUGUUAGGAUGGCACAGCUGGUGCCAGUGUGCAUUAAAUGAAUGUGUGUAAUCCUGGUAGCACUGAGUGCUUCAGUCCCGUGCCAGCCUCUCAGCAGUGCCAUGGGGCACCGUUCUGCCUGGGGAGGGGAGGGCAGAGCAGGGGGAUUCUUUACAUUUGUUUUCCUAGAGAUAGUACAGCAAUAUAUCCUUUUUCUAAACCUUGGUCUAAGAGUAGGUGGGAAAUUCAGCUCAGUCUCUGUUCACUUUUUCUGAAAGAGUCAUGGCAGCAGACUUGCCUACCUUUGACCAGAAUAAAGUUAUUUGUGUUGUGACAUCUUGUUUCCUGACAGUCUAACCAGCAAUACUGAUUUUGAUAUUUUCUUGCCCAGCAGGCAGGUAAGGAAUAGGUACCUGUUUGCAAACAGAAGCUGAAUAUAAGGUUUACAUAUAUCGGCUGUUUUGUACAUAUGCAAUUUUGGCUUCAUUAUUGGUAUAAUAUGUUAAAGCCUGGAGUGACUGAUCAUAGAUUUUUAGUAAAAAUAGCUAUUUGUUGUAAGGUGACAUUAUUGCACUCUUAUAUUGCUGAAAAAGUUGGGUAUGAAGGUGUACUUCCUGUGUUCUAACACCUGUGAAUUAAAAAGCUAUUUAAAUGCAUGCUUUUUUCAAUUAUUCAGUGCCAGGGUAGGUAAUAGAAGAUUCUAACUAAUAUCAGGAUAUUUGAAAACUCCAAGUUAUUUUGCUGCUAUUGGUGUUCUGUUUUGACUUAUUUUGAACACUGAAUAUUAAGCUCGUGGUGGAUCACUCCUGUUUUUUUCCCUCUAGAUAUGCUGGCUGUGUUCUUUCCACAAGGCUCUGAUUUUAACUAAUUAUUUCGAAGCAGCAGUAUUGCUGAUCCUCUUCCAGAGGUGUGCAGCUGUGCUGCUGUGCCCAGCCUCGUGUGUUCCAUCCCCCCUGGGUGUGAGGAGCCAGCAGGAAACGGGACUUGGUGGUGAGGGGAAGUCCUGUGAAUCCCAGCUUUUUAACUGCUGCUAAAGCAGCACUUGGUCAGCUCUUUCCUUUAUACUGGCAUGUUUAAGUUGUUCUAGGUACCAGGACUGCUUGUGGGACUGGGCCCAGGCUGCUGCUCACUCUGCAGCAGUGGCUUUUUGAGCACUGCAGGGAUCAGUAGGCUGGGUUGGGUUGGGUUGUACCUGGUGUCCAGCUCGGAGCCUCCAGACCAUCCCUCUGAGCUGCAGGGAAGGAUUAGCCCUUUGUGAGUUUUGGUGACUGACUAAAGCACAGAUUUGUGUGACUAAAAUGCUAUUUUUAGAUGCAAAGAAGUAGCUAUAGCUGUCUUAAAUUUGAGUUUGACAAAUGCACAUUUUCAAACGAAGCUCUGCCUCAAUGGCUUGCUCUUUCUGAGAGUUUCCGUAGCAAACUUUUUUAUGUCUUAAGGAAAGAAUCACCAGUGGAUAUUUGAACGAGAAACUCUCUUUGAAGACGUUAUCUUCAAGGCAAGCAAAAUGCUUGCAUGUAAUUUUCAUGCUAAAAGCGUUUAUAAACCUUGGGUUUUAGAGCAGUCCUGUAAUAAUGAAAAUUUAUUCCCACCUUUUACUUACAGGCAAAAAAAGACAAGUCAGAGCUUAGAUGUAAAAGCAGAUUAUAAUCACAUAUUUUGCUUUGCUUGAACCAAAAUUCUAAAUCUGGGAUUUGCUUUUGCUGACAAACCAUAAAGAGCACAAACCUCUGAUGUUAUUUUUUUAUCAGGUCAGAAUAGUUGAUAAAGUGAGCAUGGGAGAGUUUUGUUAUUGGCUUCAGUGGGAACAGGAUCAGGACUGCAGUGCAGGUAUCAGCAAGCAAUGCUUGUCCAUAGAGGUGAUCAGGUGUUUGUGAAGUGCAUGAUCUACUCUGUGCAAAUUACAGUUGCAGUGCAUCCACUAGAAAAACCAACUGUAGCUAAAGUUAUCAAAGAAAGUGUUUUAUUUUUGUAAAAGUAUUUUUAAUAAUAAAAGGGAAUUUUAAAAAUCAGUUUUAAGGGUUAUAAAGGAAAAAAUGUAUAUAGGAAACAUUUCAUUGCAUUGUAGUAAGUUUGGUUAUGCAUAUCAUCUCUCGAAAGUCAUACAUUUGCAAGAGAUUUUCGUUUCUAUUGGAAUGGCAGUAGAAGACAUUUUGAAAUACCUGUAAAAAAUUGUGGGUUUUUUGCUUCAAGUUGUGUCAUAAUUGUUGUUUAUAUGUAUGUUCAAAACUAGAAUCAGAAUAAAGUCAAUCUGGUGACCAGUCUUUGUUGA